AACGCAGAAGUCUAGCUCUGACGCGCAGUCUAUCUUCAGCUCUUGCUGUCUAAAAUCGCUUCAUUGUGGCGAGGGCUUCGAAACAUCUUUGGGACACUACCACCAUGGACGCAUUUCAAGUACUCUCGUUAUAUUUGUUACUCAUCUUCAUUUGGAAUAUACCAUGUUUUCAGUCAGCUGCCAUCAUAUCUCCCUCUGUGCCAAGGAGAAACAAGGGAGCCAAGAUCCUUCAUGAUGGGCAAAUGUCAACCAAAUUUCCCAAAGAGAUCUUCGCAUCUUCUCCUAUCUUAAGCCAUCACCGAGAAGACUUUAAUAAGGACGCAAUUGUGCCCCACGAUUACAUGCUCUCCAUAUACAAGACGUAUUCGGCUGCAGAGAGAAUCGGACUAAACGCAAGUUUUUUCCGCUCCUCAAAGUCUGCAAACACCAUAACAAGUUUUGUGGACAGAGGAACAGACGAUCUCUUGCACUCUCCUUUGCGAAGACAAAAGUAUCUGUUUGAUGUCUCAACCCUUUCAGACAAAGAGGAGUUGGUUGGAGCUGAAUUAAGGAUAUUUAGAAAAGUACCCGGGGAUUUGCAAACGUCCCCGACAGGUCUCUAUGACAUUCAAUUACUCUCCUGUCGAUCAGAACGGUUACUGGAUGCAAGAUCCCUUGAUCCUCUGGAUUCCCGAAAACCAGGAUGGGAGGUUUUGGACGUGUGGGAAAUGUUUAAAAACAGGCAUCACUCUGCCCAGGGGAGCCAGCUUUGUCUCCAGCUCAAGGGCACUCUUGGUAAAUCAGAAAUGGAAAUCGAUUUAAAACAGAUGGGAUUUGACAGAACCGGUCGAACUCAGCAAGAGAAGGCCAUCUUGGUGGUUUACACCAGGUCCAAGAAAAGGGAGAACCUGUUCAACGAAAUGAAAGAGAAGAUCAGGUCUCGCGGAUCGGGGAGCAGGUCGGAGGAGGAGAGGGGCCUGCGGUUCAAAGCCAGGCGCCGACGGAGGACUGCAUUGAACAAUCGGCAUGGGAAAAGACAUGGCAAAAAGUCCAAAUCUAGAUGCAGCAAAAAGGCUCUGCACGUUAAUUUCAAAGAGCUAGGGUGGGAUGACUGGAUCAUUGCGCCAUUGGAUUACGAGGCGUACCACUGUGAGGGCGUGUGCGACUUCCCUUUGAGAUCGCAUUUAGAGCCAACAAACCAUGCCAUCAUUCAAACUCUCAUGAAUUCAAUGGACCCCAAUAGCACACCUCCUAGCUGUUGUGUUCCCACCAAACUCAGUCCCAUCAGCAUUCUUUACAUAGACUCGGGCAAUAACGUUGUGUACAAACAGUAUGAGGACAUGGUGGUAGAGCAGUGUGGCUGCAGGUAGCGUCCUUUUCUUCUGCGUCAGGAUAUGAAAGCUGUGGCAUAUCUUAAGCAUAUAGACCCAUGCGUUCUUGCCAUAUCAUGGUGCGCCUAAACUUCACUCAAAAGGGAUCCGCGAGAGACAUUAUUUGUAGUUUAGGCCUGUGCAAGCAUAUUUAUUUUGGUCAAAUUUAAACUCAGUACAAUCUCACAUAGCCUUAGACGUCCAAUUGUUGUGUUAAACUAAUACCUACUCCUAGCCUACAUUUCCGUCCACCUGAUAUGUUUUUCAAGAGCAUAGUCUAUUGUUUUGCGAGGCCCGGACAUGGAUAGACAGGUUGUUAUGAACCAUUAGUCCGCAGUAGAGGAGUGGGUAUCAACAUGCUAGUGAUAUGCUAUUAUUUGUCAUUUUCUGAGCAGACUUGGAAUUGUUAGUCUUCCAUCAGUGGAUUCUGUACGAAAUGGGCACAGUGGAAUGCACCUGUUCAAACUAGGCCGCAGUCACGGGAUAGCCCUUGUGCAUUGUUGCAGCUCCCUGCAACGGUCUUGCAAAGAGGACUCAUUUGUAGCGGGUGUUUCCAGGCUCACUGCCAGUGUCCAGCUGAAACUAUCGAGCUCUUCUGAUGCGUUAUCAAUCGGCCCUAGCACUCCAAUCUCUCUCUUUCAAAUCUCUCUCUCUCUCUCUCUCUCGCUCUCUUUACCUCCCUCCCUCCCUCCCUCCCUCCCUCCCUCCCUCUAAAAGGUGAAUGUAAUCUACCAAACACACAAUGGGCUCUGAGGUAAAGAGAUAGCGCAGGUAUGCCUACAAGAGAUUUCCCUGUGCGUCCUGUUUCAUCAGAAUGGAGUGCGCGCUCGAGUCAUCACAGCCCACGGGCAACGAAUGCAAGACUAAACGGACGAUCCUAAACAUGGGCUCCAUGGACAUGAGCAUUCGUAUUGUGCUUGCCAUUGACAGCUGACUGUAUUUCGAUGACUUGCUGAAGGCACACUGAGAGGCAGUUGGACCCGGUUGCGCGCAGGAGCACGUGGGGACACCAAAGGCCACGUUAAAUAAUCAAGACACACAUUUGCAUCUUCAACGUCUGCAUCUUUACUAAAGGCACUUCCACAACUGACUGCGCCAAUGUCAUGUAGUCAGGACGAACACCUUUUUCUUGAUAAAUCGACUGACCAGAAAAGACUCGCAAACGAGAUAUUUAAAUGCACAUUAGCUUUGAAUGCACUACUGUUCAUUAUUUGAGCUGUACAUAUUUGUAUAGUUAAAACUUUACAAGUGCAACUUAUGAAGAAAUGACAAAAAGGCGUUUCUUUGUAAAUGUACAUACUUUAAAUGCACUCAAAUCGUUAUAAUAUCUAUUCUAUAAUAAUUUUAUUAAUUGUGAUGUACAGAGUUUCAUGAUAAUCAUACAUUUCUUACAUUGACGAGAGUAAUUUAAGCUGUAUAAAAAACUGUUGAGGGUGGAAAUACCAUUAUUGAUGUCUACCUCAUAAUUACCUAGGUUCUGAGUUCUGAGGUGCAUUCAACUGUGUUAAAUUCUUUUUAAAUGAUAUAUGAAAUUAUACAUUUAU